GGUUCCAAAUACAAAUAAACAAAAGGGAGGCACAAUAGCAUCUUCUGCCUCAGACUAAGUACAAAAAUGUUUCAACACCCGUACCGGAUCCUUAAAAAAUGCGCUACUUUGGAGGGUCUGACUCACAAUCGGCAUCAUUUUUGAAGAGUCCGAGCAACAUAGCUACAUAGUCUUGACGACCAAUGAGUGUAUAUUACUACCCAAGCUUACUCUUUGCACUUGUCAAUCGGUAUCCUAUUCUUCAGGUAUAGUUUUUCUCUCAUCACGUGAUUCGUCCUCUCUCCCCCUUCCGUCAUAAGGCGUGGUCCGACUCUGGGAAAAAAAUUGAAACUUUAACAUGGCUGAUCAUAAUGAUCAAAACCUUACUCCUAGUGAGCUUCUUUUAGCUGAAACACAAUCAUGGAACCAGCUGUAUUUCUUCAUAGAACAUGUAACAUUGAAAUGUGCAUUUCAAUUAGGCAUACCUAAUGCCAUAACCAAACAUGGCAAACCAAUGACACUAUCAAAACUCAUGUCUUCCCUCUCUAUUAGCCCUUCAAAAUAUCCCUAUUUUCACCGCCUUACACGAAUAUUAGUUCAUUAUGGCUUGUUGAUUCUACAAAAACAUGAAGACAACAACGUUGACGAUGGUGAUGAUAGUAAAGGGUAUUAUUCGCUUGCACCAACUGACCGAUAUAUAAUGAAGGACGGGCCUUGGAACUCGAUGGAAGAUCAAGAUUCAUUUUUCUUUAAAGCAUGGAACUGCUUAGGUGAUUGGUUCAGGAAUGAGGAUCCGAGUGCAUUUUACACAGCAUAUGGAGAUUUAUUCUGGAGUAAACUUUCGAGAGAUACGAGUAGUGGUAACUGGUUUCACGCGAACAUGGCUAGAGAUUCGCGAUCAUUCAUGAACGUGUUGAUUGGCAACGAGUUUAAGGAUGUUUUCAAAGGAUUGACAUCUUUAGUGGAUGUUGGAGGAGGGACUGGUACUGUUGCAAUGGCCAUAACCAAAAAAUUCCCUGACAUGAAAUGUAUUGUUCUUGAUCUUCCCCCCGUUGUUGCUAACUUGCAAGGAAGUGAAAAUUUGGAGUUUGUAGCAGGGGAUAUGUUUCAGAAAAUUCCCGCUGCUAAUGCAGUCUUACUCAAGUCAAUUUUGCAUGAUUGGAAUGAUGAAGAAUGUGUGAAAAUUUUGAAGAAUUGCAAGGAUGCAAUAACAAGAAGUGGAAAAGUUAUAAUUAUAGAUAUGGUAAUGGAAAAUCCAGAGUUGGAUGAUGAAUCUUUUCAAGCACAACUCUUCAUAGACAUGUUGAUGAUGGUUUUCUUGGGUAGCAAAGAGAGGAACAAAAAAGAAUGGGAAAAACUUUUCUUUGAUGCUGGUUUUACUAGUUACAAAAUUAUUUUGACUCUUGGUUUAAGGUCUGUCAUUGAGCUCUAUCCGUAGAGCUAUCGGUGUUUGGUAUCCAUAUUGAGGAUCGAAUAAAAUUUGAUUCUUGAUAACAACCCCCCCUUGGGGGUAAGUUGUCGCAAUACAAAAUAUUUUAAUUUUA